CGGCGCGGCGUGGCCGAGGCGAGACCCGCAGAAGAGCGCGGGCCAUGGCCGCCUCCGUCAGCAAGCGGCUCUCCCUCGUCGAGCAGAAGAGGAUCCAGUGGGCCAAGGAGAGGGAGGAGCUGGCGGGUCUAUGCGCGCCCUGGGGACUGCCCGCUAAGGACACCGCGGAGAUCUUCCGCUCUUCCAUCAGGACGCACUUCGCGAGUGCCGCGGCAGCUGCCGACCACCUAAAGGCCAGACGACAGCAGCAGGAGGAGCAGCUGGAGCAUCAACAGCAACAGCUGCAGCAUCAACAGCAACAGCUGCUGCAUCAACAGCAGCUGUUGCAGCAGCAGCAGCAGCAGACGUCACCGGGAGCCGGCGCCGGCCUGCCGCCCAUACCCGGAGCACGCGCCGGGGACUCACAGGAGAGCCAGGCGGAGUGCAGCUGCCGUGAGGACGAGGGCGACACCUCGGGCUACGGCAGUGAGGCCAACGACUGCGCGCUGCACCCGCGCCUCCACCACCGCAGGCUGCAGCGCACUGCCUUCUGGGACGCCGCUGCGCGCAGGUACCGCUUACACACAUUGUGUUAA